AUGGCGAUGACGUCACAGUUUAAUGAGUCAAGCCGAGACGAAAAUGGAUUGGACUUGAAUGAUAACGAAGGCGAAGGUGAAUUAGCUACUUUGAUGAAAAAGGCUGACUUAAAUCUACAAGCUGGAAAUUAUAAAGAAGCCGUUCAGUGCUACAAGACUGCGAUGCAAACCAACAAUAACAACUCAGACACCAAUGAACGACCGGGACCCGGCGCCGCCGUUGUACUAACUAAACUUGGUUUGGCAGCGGAAUCUGCCGGUAACUAUGACGACGCUGUUGAAUAUUUAGAGGAAUCACUGGACACUUUGAAAGAUAUUCACGGUGAAGACGAGCCCCAGACGGACAUAUUAAAUGUUCUUGACUCUCUGUCCAAGGUUUGUAAGAAAUCAGAACAUCCCAAAAUGGCGAUCGCGUAUCUCCAGGAGUUACUGAGGCUGACACGAGUACUUCACAACGACGGCCCAACUUCACAGAUUGCAGAGCUCUAUAAUCGUCUUGGCGUUGCCUGGCAACAGGAGGACCCGGAUAAGUCGGUAAAAUAUCACUAUUCCGCAUUGGCAGUCUAUAACAAAAUAUACGACGACGGAAACAUCGAUGAUGACGCUCUGAUAAAUACGUAUCGCUACCUAGGCGACGCUUGGCAACAGUAUGGCGAUUUCUAUAAAAUGGGUGCUUAUUACAAAGAGGUAUACGAACUCCAGAAAAAGAAAAGUGGACCAAACACCCCCUCAGAAGAAAUGGUCGAAUCUUUGAUAAAACUUGCCUGUGCUUGUAAGGCCGUAGGUAACGUUGACAUUGAGAAAGGGUGCUUCGGCGACAUACUUGAUAUUCAGCGUAAAUUGUACGGAGACGACGUUGACAAUGAACGAGUACGAAAGGCACAAAAGAGACUUCGUGAAAUAGAAAACUCAACAACGUUAAGCCAUUUGCGCUGUGACACACAAAAUAAAUCAACAUAG